AUGCCCCAACUCGACCUAGAGGAAUCGAGUCCCCUUGUGGACACUACGGAGUCCGAGUUCACAGACACCUUCUGCCCCAACACCAGACAGACGUUCAGAAUAUGCUUGAACCUCAAGACCUUGAUCGAUAAGGUGGUCCCCAUCGUGUUCGACAAGGACGAAAUCACCUCCCAGAACUCGCCCAUCCUCAAUUCCAACGUCAUCGAGUUGGUCUACCGUGCAGCGGGCGGAAAGGGCGAUGGAAAGCCUGGCACCUCCUCCUACAAGUAUCGUGCCGCGUUGGUGUUCUGCUUGUUAAAGGUGUGUGACUGGUACUGGCAACAGGCAGACCUCGAGCUCACCGACAACGAGCUCUACUCGCUCAGAGCAGUGGCUGCCCAGACCUUGGCUGCCAUUGUCAUCGAACAGGCGUCUGACGACAAGUACCUCUUCCUUGGCAUGUUGACCCACAGAUACUCCAUCCGGUUGAACGAGUGUGAUGCGCCACCAGUCAGUGCUUUGGAAUUGGCGGUGGACAUGCACUCCACCAUUGUUAUCGGCUCUGCUGGCUACCAGAGGUGUGUCAAGUGGUUGUGGAGAGGCUGGGUCGUCCAAUCGUCCAGCGACCCCCACUCAUACGUUUUGUACAAGGGAGUGUCCUCGCACUCGAUCAGAACCCACUUUGAUCCUGCCAGAAUUAAGACCCCAUUAUACCAGAACAUCCUCGAAAUCGGGUUCAGUUUGGUCUACCUUAUUCUUUACACUUUGGUGUUGAACGGACACCAGGAAACAACUUCACCUUUGGAUAUCUUCGAGUACCUCUUCUACUUCUUCACCCUCGGCUCAAUUUUGGACGAAUUCACCAAGUUUUACCAUGUUGGUUGGAACUACUUUGGAUUUUGGAACGCGUUCAAUGAUUCAAUGUACUCGAUUUUGAUGGUUGCCAUUGGAUUCAGAUUUGCCAGCUUGAACAACACCGGUUUGGCCCAACAACGUUACGAUGAAAUCUCGUUCAGAAUUCUCUCGUGUGCUGCGCCUUUCAUGUGGUGUAGAUUAUUGUUGUACUUGGAUGCUCAGCAGUUUUUCGGUGUCAUGAUCGUGGUUAUCAAGACUAUGAUGAAGGAAUCACUUAUUUUCUUCGUCUUGUUAGUGGUUGUUAUCCUCGGUUUCUUGCAGGGAUUCCUUGGGUUAGAUGCCUCUGACGGAAAGAGUGAUGCCACCAAGCAUAUUCUCAUUUCUUUAGUGAAAACCGUUAUUGGCGGUUCUUCCUUUAGUGAUGUUGCAAAGUUGGUACCACCAUACGCUUCGAUUCUUUACUACUUUUACUCGUUCGUUUUGAGUGUCAUAUUGAUGAAUAUCUUGAUUGCCUUGUACUCUACGGCAUAUGCGGCUAUUGUGGAAAAUGCUUCCUACGAGUACUUCGCUUUGGUUGCUCAAAAAACCUUGAGAUACAUCCGUGCUCCAGAUCAAGAUCUUUAUGUUCCACCAUUCAAUUUGAUCGAACUCUUAGUUUCUCCAUUCCAGUGGAUCUUGACCAAAAGGGCCUUCAAGCAGCUCAAUUAUUGCAUCAUGCUUGUGAUUUAUUCACCAUUGUUGGCUUACAUCACGAUGUAUGAAUUAGCCAAUGCUAGAAGAAUUCAAUACAACAGAUUCAAAGGUUUGCCUGAUGAUGCCAACGAAAUGGACACCGAAUGGGACUUGACCGAUGGCUAUGACGUGGAUGCUAGUACUGGAUGGGAAGGCAUCCAAGAAAGAAACUACGAAGUUAACCAAACAUUAAGAGAACAAAGGGAAGGGGAAAUCCAGGAUCCUGAAUUCCGGAUCGAUCUCCACAAGUUCGAACAAGACAUCACUAAGGUUGUGCAACCAGUCUAUGAGGCUAGCAAGGUUGGUGUCAAGUGGGAAUUUUACGAGUUGUACGCUAAAAUUGACAAGUUGACUACUUUGGUGGAGGCCGUAGUCGACGAGAAUCAGCAGUUAAAGAAGAGACUCGGGGACAAAGUCACCUCUGAAGCCCCAAAGGUGCAACAAGAAGAAACCCCAGAAGUGACCCAAGAAGCUGCAGCUCCUGAGUUACCUCCUACUUCUGCUACUGACAAGAGCAGUGACUAG